AAUCACUUUGUUGUGAUGUCAUUUGUAUAUUGACCUGACCCUAAGAUGAUGUUGAGUGCACGAGAAUUUAAUCUCAAGGACAUCGAAGAAACUUUCAGAAAGUGAUAAGGAUAUGAGGAGAACAGCUGCAGCAAAUAGAGAAUAUAUAUGAUCCCAAGAAAGAGCUAAGGUCCUUUUCACGGAGUGAAGAAAUACUGAUAUAGGCCAAUAAUGGAAAGGUAGUGUCAGACAGAAAAUAAACAAGUGAAUAUGGAGAAAAUGUUCCAGAUAAUCAAGAACAACAACAUAACAGAGCUGAGAUCUAUGCUGUUAGUUAGAGGGGGCACAGACUAUGUAAUAGAUGGAUUAGCAUAUGCCUGUAGCAGAGGAAGAGAGGAAAUGGUAGAAAUAAUAAUUGAAAACAUCAAACAAAAUGAGCAGAAUGAGAAAACAAGAAUGAUGAAGAUAGGAGACUUCAUCUACACCAACACUGUCCUAGACAUUCAUAAUGUAAAUGGGGAGACACCAUUGACUUGUGCUGCUCAAGCUAAUCACCGUAAGAUUUGUGAGAUGCUGUUAGAAGAAGGAGCUUGUAUAAACCAGACAACACAGUAUGUCCAUCAGACUCCUCUACAUGUAGCUGUAGAACAUGGGAACACAGAGAUAGUAGAAUAUUUAAUACAACAGGGAGCAGAUGUCCAGAUCCCUGACAAUGUGAACAUCUCACCCCUGUAUACUGCCAUAAAGGGGGGAAACUCUGUUAUAGUGCACAUGCUUAUAGAUGCUGGAUGUGAUGUUAAUUUGGGCAGUCAAGACCAUGCUCCAAUUUUCUUGACUGCAAGACUAGGAUUGUUACCAAUCACACAGGCACUUUGUGAAGCAGGUUGCAACAAGGAUUUUGCAAAUAAGUAUGGUGUAACUCCACUUGCAGAGGCAGUGCAGAAAGACCAUUUAGAUAUUGUGGAGUACCUGGUUGGUCAGCAGUGUGAUGUAAACAAAACGGAUAUCAAUGGAACAAGUGCACUACACAUUGCUUGUCGAUUGGGGAAUCUGGAUGCAGUCACACUUCUCAUGAAUGGUGGGGCUAAUCCAAUAUUGAAGAAUUCCAGUGGUCAAACCGCCUUUCAAUUGGCCAUAGAAAAUAACAGAUACGAAGUAGUGGAGUAUUUGAUGAAUCUGGGUGCUGAUAUUUUAUCUCAACCAUUUGCAAAUAAAAGCUUAAGUAGUAUUUCUAAGGUGUUUGACAGAGGUCACAUACAAACAGCUGAAGUUUUGCUUAGAGGAUGCCCAAAGUUACCCCUCCCUCACUAUCCUGGGGUCACAGACAUGUUCUGCAACCAUAGUCACCUGAUGAAGAUGUUAUUUCUGUCUGGUAUCCAGACCAUUCCUGGAGUCCUUAUUGUGCCCAGACUUCAUCCUCAGCAUGUUAACCACAAAGAGAUCUCAGACUGGCUGAAAAACUUCCACAAAAACCCACUCUCCCUGCAGUCAUUGUGUCGAAUCCGAGUGCGCAGGUGCCUUGGAAAUACUUUAUUGUUAAAGGUUAAAUUUUUGCCAAUACCGCCUUAUCUUAAAGAUUUUGUUGCUCUGAAACAUCUGUAAUUGUUUUUAAUGUCACAUGUAUGUUUCACAUUCAAUGCAAACUGUUACAGGUCUAUGUCAAAUUUUUUAUGUUUUUAUUUACAUGUACAAAUGUUGGUAUCCUUUAUAGAAUGUAGCAAGACAUUUUUUCAAUGAAUUUUUUUAACGAUCAUGUUCUUUUUCUAGUCAUAAAUGAAAAAACAUCCCUUGUACUUCUCAAGGGAGAUUCUUCAUAUCUACUUGCUUGUUGGUGUAGUUAGACUUGUUAUUAAUUCUGCAUUUGUUACAGUUACGGUAUACAUGUAUAACAGCUAUGGUUAUUAUGUAUAGUUUUAUUUGUGAAGUUAGUAUAUUGUAUGAGAGGUGAUCAAAAAGUUCGCAAACUAAUUGAAAUACCAUAUAGCGGGUUUCUUUAGCAGGUGCAAAAUUUGGCGUUUUGCUUGCUCAAAGGUAUGCCAAUAAUUUUGAUGGAACUUUUUUUGGUGGGCACACAGUUCAAUGACGUUAUUAAAAAAAAAGUAAGUUCAUCAUUUAGAUGGGUUUUCAGUACGUUUAAUCUAUGCUUGAUACCGAUUCACACAAGAUUUUGAGUAAAACUAAUACCAAAUAAAAGAUAAAUUUUUAAAUAACAUACAGAUCAAAGUUAAGUUCUUUUGGUUUAGUACUUACACAAAAGCAAAUUUAGCGAUUAAAAUUUUAGCGGACUGCUUCAAAACCGCUUAAAUAAGCCAAAAUUAGCACCCCCCUAAAAAAUCCCACUAUACGGUACUUCCAUAAAAGAAUUAAAAUAAG